GCCACAUCCAUAAUUUUGGUGUUCUAAAAUUAUUUCUAGAUGGGAUUUUAGGAGAUUCUACUCGCGCCCAUAAGUAAUCUUUCUAGACCAGGCCUCAUUUAUCUCUCUGCCUCUGAAAACAAUUAUCUCAGAUCGCAAGAAUAAUGAUGGCCCUUUUUCUUUCUCUUCUUCUGUUUUCCUCCCUAAACGUUGUCAACGCCCGACCUCCUCACUCUAUCGCCGUAAAAUCGCCGGGAUUUUCACCUGAAUCUCUCUCAUGGGACGAUUCCGGUCAACACUUCGUCAUCGCCUCCCCCAUCCAUGCGACGGUCCUGACACUUUCCGACGCCGGCAUCUUACAAUCCCUAAUUUCUGACCCUGAUUUCGCCGGAAAGUCCAGCCUCUCAAGUUUAGCCGUGGACGCCAAAAACCAGCGACUCGUGGCCCUCUUUGUCAAUUCAUCGUCUCCCUUCUUGGCCUCUUACGAUCUAAAAUCCAGAAACCAACGCCUCUUUGUAGCCCCACUCGCCGGGAAACUCACCGAGAAAUUUUCCGGCCAAGUCGCCGUCGACUCUUUAGGCAACGCCUACGUCACCAACCCAACAGGACAUCUGAUAUGGAAGAUAAAUCCUAACGGUGAGGUCAACCUUCUAUCACAAUCUUAUUUAUUCUCCUCCCCAAAAAUCUCAGAAAAAAAAGAGGAAAUAGCUGAAAAUUCCAAGGAAAUUGCCAGGAAAAUAGAGGAAAUUGAUGGAAAAUCAGAGGCAAUCGAUGGAAUUUAUGCAAUUGCAUAUAGUAGAAAGGGUUAUUUACUGGUGGCUCAUAUGAUAACGGGCGAUAUUUUUAGGGUUGAUUGCGAUGAUGGAACGGUAAAUAGGGUUUUGUUAUCUAAGAAUUUGGAUGGAAUCAAGGGUUUCGCCGUUAGACGUGAUGGUGCUUUGGUGGCCGUUACGAAAACGUUCGUUUGGCUGCUGAUGAGUAACGAUAAUUGGGCCGAGGCCGUUGUUAAAGAGCGGGUCGAGGUUAAAGGCGGUGAGAUAACGGCGGUUACGUUGAGAGGAAAUGAGAGGGUUUAUGUGCUGAAGGUAGGUGUGGAGAGAGAGGGGUUUUUUGAAGUUGAUGAGAUGGUGUUUGAGGAGGAGAGAGAAGGGGAAAAUAUUUGGGUUUUUGUAUUGCUUGGGUUGGCUUUAAUUUACGUAUUUUAUUGGAGGUUUCAGAUGGGCCAGCUCAUGCAGAACAUGAAUAAAAAGAAGAAUUGAUCUUCUAGUUUAUGUUUUUUUCUUUUUUGUUCUUUUAGCCAAUCUCAAUUAGUUGA